UUUCCGGCAGUAUUGGAUAACGAUGACAGAUUGUUAAGCGUCCGGCGUUUUGUAUUUUUGCUAAUUUUUUGUAAUUAAAAAAAAAAUGUUUUAUCAUAUAUCACUGGAACAUGAGAUUCUCCUGCAUCCUCGCUACUUUGGACCGCAGCUGCUGGAGACGGUGAAGCAAAAAUUGUACUCGGAAGUGGAGGGAACCUGCACGGGUAAAUAUGGUUUUGUGAUUGCUGUCACGACCAUAGAUCAGAUCGGAUCUGGUGUCAUCCAGCCCGGACAGGGCUUUGUGGUGUACCCCGUCAAGUACAAGGCCAUUGUGUUUCGUCCGUUCAAGGGAGAAGUGCUGGAUGCAGUGGUAAAGCAGAUCAACAAAGUCGGGAUGUUUGCCGAAAUUGGACCACUGUCUUGUUUUAUAUCACAUCAUUCUAUUCCCGCUGAUAUGCAAUUCUGUCCGAAUGGAAAUCCGCCCUGCUACAAGAGCAAAGACGAGGAUGUGGUCAUCUCGGGAGAGGACAAAAUACGUCUGAAGAUUGUGGGCACACGUGUGGAUGCCACAGGCAUAUUUGCCAUUGGCACGCUGAUGGAUGAUUAUUUGGGUCUCGUUUGCAACUAGGCAGGAAGUCAACCCUUUUGUUGAUGUACAAUUUAAUUAUAUAUAUAUAUAUUAAACUUUAAUGAAAUGCAUUUAGACAGCUAAAUAUCUAUGUGUAUAUAUAGUAAUAAAUAUGUACUUUAUAAGAUUUGAUUUCGAUUGAAAGAGGUACGUUUACAUUUGUAAUUUUUUUUUAGUUUGUUGUGUGUGUGUGUGUGAAAAGUGUAGCUACCAAUGUGGAUGGAUGGAUAAACGAACAAGAGCUAUGCAUAGUGCAUAAGUAGUUACAAUUAUAGUAGCUAAAGAGAUAUAAUUACAGGAUACAUACAUAUAUACGAUAGGUGGUAAGGUAAAGCACUUAAGUACAUAUAUAAAAGCUGAAAUCUAGAAGGUCCCUAGACCUAGACCUAGUGAUUGCACAUGUGGA